AACUAAACGUCAAAAAUCAUCUAGGUAAACGUCAAAGAGAAAAACAAAAAUAAAAAUUUCAACGUCGCAAUUUGAAGGUGAAUCGAAAAAACUCAAAUUUGAAUCAGAAUGAGUGGUCAGGAGCCUGAGGAAGACAGUAAUCGUAAAAGAAGCGGUCCCUCACGUGGCUUAGCGCUAGCAGCGACGGCGACAGCAGUUGGCAUUGGCUUUGGAGCAGCGAUUUACUACAUGUUCAAGAAACGGGAGGCUUCUGAGGCUGCUAACAGCACUCAGCCUGCCUCGGCCGGGGCCACCUCCGCCGACUGGACUGCUGAAGACCAGUGCGCGCUUGACGAGGCUCUUCCUAGUCGACAACUCACAACGAAGGCCAGUACUAGUCAACCAUCCACGUCUAAGAGUGUUUUAAGUAAAAUAUUUACAACAAGGAGUGGUCCAUUUAAGAAAUUGACAACAAAGAGUGGUCCAAUUGAAAUAUCUGAAGCAAAACGUAAUCCAAGGCCACAUUUUACAAACAAGAGUAGUCCAAAAAAGACAUUGGAAGCAAAGAGUGGUCCAAGUCAACCAUCACCAUCAAAGAGUGGUCCAAGUAAAAUAUCUGAAGCAAAGUGUGGUCCAAGUAAAAUAUCUGAAGCAAAGAGUGGUCCAAGUCAACCAUCAACAUCAAAGAGUGGUCCAAGUCGUCAAGUCACUAAAAAGGGCAAAAUGGAUUCAGACACCGAAUACUCUACAUACUCCGAACAUAGCACCACUGACACCAGCAUACUAGAAGAAAGUGAUGAAGAAGCAAUCACUUGCAUCGCCCGUGAUGCUGACAGCUCAUCCGACACAGACCAUGACAUCAGUGAGAUUGAAAGUGCAGCGGACACAGUUAACAGCGAAGCAACCGCCGAGGAGAUUCCAACAGAAAGCAGCGAAAUAGAGUCCUCAGUUGCAUCUAGCAGUGACGAUACGGGGAACGCUUCCUAUCUCAGGGAUGCUUCCUAUCACACGGAUCCUUCCAAUCUCACGGAUUACUCCAGCUACGCACAAACCAUUAGUUCAGAUGAGUCUGAAGCGGAGGAAGAAUGGGACGUUACUACCAGUUCUCUGGAUGUGCCAGAGAGUGGGUACCGUAGCGCUUCGCCGCUGUCCAUAAGUAGCGUGAUGGGUAGGUUCCGCGCUUUUCUGAACUCUGGGCGCAAGGGGCGGCGACCGAUAUCACGUGAAAACGAGAGGAGGGCUAAGGAGUUCCGCACCCGCGCCUGGUCCGCCGAAGAAUGCUCCAUCUGCUGCGAGGUCAUGCUGGACACGCAUCCCCUGAUAGACCUGGACUGCAGCCACCGCUUCCACCAGGAGUGCAUCAGACCCUGGCUGCGCAUGGAGAAGCCGGCCACCUGCCCCAACUGCAGGAAAAGGAUUGAAAUAUGCGAACUGGAGACUAUUACUUAAGCGGGCUGGACUCGGCUAAGUUCAAUAACUUAUGGGUAAAUAAGUCAUUAGAUAGACCCAUUACACGAAUUGCAAGUAAGGCCAAUGAGAUUAAUAAUUUGAUUUUUAUAUACAAAAUCUACUUUUUACUAUUAUUAUUUUUAGACCCGAAAUAAAAUUAUUCUGUGGCAUUACUUUUAGCUAGGCUUUUUAGCUUUAUGAUGUUUUAGUUCAUUAGAAUAAUUUUAUUAAUUUUAGUUAGUCACACGAAGAAAAGCUCAAUAGUGCAUGUACAUUUUACACUUAGUUUAUUUCCACAUUUUUUUAAUGAAAUAAUCAAAAUCAACGAUGACAAAAUAUAAAAGUUGUAGCGUAUUUUAUUACUUUUUUAUAACUAUCUCACUUUUUUUAGUACACGGCUUGUCCCACAGUUGAUUUACGCACAAUACACUCACGAACCAAACAAUCAUAAUAGUAUAUCCUUACAUAAACAUAAAAAACAUAUAAAAAUAAAAAAAUAACUUAAGUCAGUCAGGAGUUAGUCCUUUUUUCAUGGGGCUUGGGGGAGAAAUGUAGUGAUUUCUCUUAAAUAAUACACACGAAUACGAUAGAGAUAGCCGGUUAAAUCAAAUUCUAAGUGUCAAUUUUAUCAGAAUCCUUGAAAAAUUAAUUAGUCCGUUUUAUAUUUAAUGUUUAUAAAUGUAGGUGUCUAUUUAUUAGUAUUACAGGCAUUGUAUAAGCCUUGAGGUUAAGAUACAGGGUGCUGAAAUAGGGUAUACGGUAGAGAGGAGUAGGGAAUGUAGAAUAAAAUUAAUUACCAUCAGGCCAUCUCCAUUUUCAAAUGGGUAAUUAAAUUUGUAAGAUUGUAAAUCCCGGAAAACAAGGUGUUAAAAAAUUGUUGAAUAUAAUAAGCCACGAUUUGUGAUAAAAUGAAUUGUGAUACGGAAGAGUAAAUCGUUUUUAUAAAUGAGUGAAUGGAAAAAAAAAUCGGUAUGAAUAUUAUUAUAUCGUUCGUUCAACCACUAUCGAAUUGAACUUUUAUAGGGUGAUUGAGUAUAAUUCCGCCCUAGACGGAAGCGAAAGUUUUUUUUACAACGACAGGCGAUGGCAACUUACUGAAUUCUUUCAAAUUUAAACCUCAUCCGACGCCAUCUUUCGCUCCUUUCUAGGGUGUUUUUUUACUGAAUUAAAUAGCUGUUUGAUGAUUGUUAAAGCUCCUCCUACCUAUGGAUAUUGAAUGUUAAACUCAGACGGGAGGUCAUUUAUAAAUUUGAAUGUUGUUGAUAACGUAGUUUUAGUCGUAAGCCGUUCAUUCAUAGAUUAUGUAGUGGGUAGAGGAAAGUUGAAACAGUUGAAUUAAAUGUGUUUUAGUAAUGUUUCGCAGUUGAAAAGUAGCUCAGAUAUUGUGUAGACAAAGGGGAUUAAAGUACUCUUAAAACAGAAUAAAACCCCAAUAACUUUUCUGGAUUAUGUAACUACUCACUCUCUAUUAUUUGUAUCAAAAUCACCCUAUGCAUAUUAACAGUUUUUACAACUUAAAUCAUUCUAGUCCUUAUAUGAAAUUAUUUAUGUUAUGUAUUAUAGGUAUAGUUAAGCACAAUAAUCAAAUUUCACUAGUUUAUGAAUUAUUUUUUUUACCAUUUGCACCAUUUUUUUCAACUUUAACUGUUUAACUCAAAUUUAACCUGAGCCUUAUUGAUGGGUUAGCCGUCGUUUUUUGAAUGAAAUUUGUGUAAUUUUUAAUCAACUUAUUGAUGACGCAUAUUUAUUUUUAUUAUAUUUAGACGUGGCAAGUACCUACACUCAUCAGAGUUCUUCCAACAACAAAACACUGAACUUUUAGAGACAAUGAUUUUUAGCUUAGCUUGAGUUAAAGUUUAGUCAUCUUAAAAUUAAAUAAUUAAGUGAUGUGGUGCAGUGGGUAUCCUAAUGUUCACGCAUAAUAUUUCUUAAAUAAUUACCUGUUGUGAUAUUAAAAAAAGAUUGUGAUUAUUGACUUAUAUUGUUUUAUGUAUUUUAUGGAAACAAAAUGAUCUUACAAGCAAAUCUUGACUUGAUAAACCUAUUCAUAUUAUGUUUUAAGUUAUGUAUGUAUGUUGUUUGUUAAAAUGAAUAAAUACCUUCUGUCUUUAGAAAUACCUA